GCUGGAAUGGGUGGAAAUCAUCGAGCCCCGCACCCGGGAGCGCAUGUACGCCAACCUGAUCACGGGCGAGUGCGUGUGGGACCCGCCGGCCGGCGUGCGCAUCAAGCGCACCAAUGAGAACCAGUGGUGGGAGCUCUUCGACCCCAACACCUCGCGCUUCUACUACUACAAUGCCACCACGCAGAGGACGGUGUGGCACCGGCCCCAGAACUGCGACAUCAUCCCGCUGGCCAAGCUGCAGACGCUGAAGCAGAACACGGAGUCGCCGCGGGCGUCCACGGAGAACAGCCCCGGCCGCAGCAGCAAUGUCAGCCGGGAGGGGAGCACCAGCUCGUCCCUGGAGCAGGAGCUGGAGGGCAGCGAGAAGGGGCAGGAGCAGCGCCCCGGCCGCCAGCCCAGCCAGUACUCGGUGGUGAAGGAGGAAACGGAAAGCUCGUCGCCCUCGGGAGCGUUCGAGAAGGAAUUCGACGUUUACCGGGAUUACGGCGCCGAGGGGCAGCUCCUGCACUACAGGACCUCAUCGCUCCGAUGGAACGCCGGCACCAAGGAGCGGAUGCUGAUCAAGGUGACGGACCGCGAGCCCAGCUUCCUCCUCCACCAAGGCAACGGCUACGGCCCGGAGAACCAGCCCGGCUCCCGCUCCCGCCGCCCCUCGGGCGGCCAGCAGUCGCCCAACCUCCAAACCUUCUCCUCGGACAGCGCCGACAACUCCGUCUUCUUCCCCGAGAGGAAGCAGUCGCCCUUCCUGAAGCGGGCCGAGCACGCCGGCAGCUGCUCGCCGCUGCUGGGCCGCGGCGACUCCUUCUGCUCGCCGCUGCAGGGGCAGCACCGCAAGCCCUCGAGCGAGUCGCAGCCGUCGUCGCCGCGCUACGCCUACGAGCCGCCGCUCUACGAGGAGCCGCCCAUGGAGUACCAGGCGCCCAUCUACGACGAGCCGCCCGUGGACAUGCAGUACGAGGCCGGCGGCGGCUACAAGGCCGGCUCGCCGCAGAAGUCGCCCGUCCGCAAGCCGCACCCGUUCCUGCAGUCGCCCAAGCAGGGCGCCAACUCGCCCUACCAGCAGCUGGUGCUCACCAAGCAGAAGUGCCCCGAGCGCUUCAUGAGCCUGGAGUACAGCCCGGCCGGCAAGGAGUACGUGCGGCAGCUGGUCUACGUGGAGCAGUCGGGCUCCAGCCCCAAGAUGAAGGCGGGCUUGAGGCACAAAUACUCCCCCAACCCCAUCGGCGGCUCCUACUCGCUGCAGCACAGCCCCUGCCUGGCGCGCGACCAGCGCCCGGACGUCAGAUCGGGCGACUACAGCAGCAUGGAGGGAGCCGACUUCUGCCCGGGCCCCGCGGGCGCCCCGGCGGGCCAGGCCGAGGACUCCAUGUCGUGGUCCAGUCAGCAGGACACCUUGUCCUCCGGCGGCUACUCGCCCUCCACCAGGAAGAGGAAGAGCCGGAAGCCCUCGGCGAACCACGACGCCGACGCCUCCUCCGCGGACGGCUCCGCGGAGCGGGAGGCGCCGGGAGAGCCGGGCGAGGAGCGGGCGGCGCCCGCGCGGUCGCCGAUGAGCCGGACGGAGAGCAAGGCGGCCGAGGCGGAGGCGGCGGCGGCGGCGCGGGCGUUCCCGGAGCCGUUCCUGGCGCAGGCGCGGCUGGCGUGGGAGGCGCAGCAGGCGCACUACCACAUGAAGCAGAGGAGCAGCUGGGAUUCCCAGAAGGACGGGUCGGGCUACGAGAGCGACGGCGCGCUGCCGCUGCCCAUGCCGGGCCCCGUGGUGAGGGCCUUCAGCGAGGACGAGGCGCUGGCGCAGCAGGAGAACAAGCACUGGAAGAGGAACACCUUCGAGAAGCUGGGCUUCCCGCAGAUCCUGCUGGAGAAGAGCGUCUCGGUGCAGACCAACCUGGCGUCGCCCGAGCCGUACCUGCACCCGUCUCAGUCGGAGGACCUGGGCGCGUGCGCGCCGUUCGAGGGCGGCCGGCCGGCGCGCGCCAUGAUGCCGAGCGCCAGCUGCGUCUUCCCGGCGUUCACGCUGCGCAAGCCGUCCUCGGAGACGGACAUCGAGAACUGGGCCUCCAAGCACUUCAACAAGCACACGCAGGGCCUCUUCCGCCGCAAGGUCUCCAUCGCCAACAUGCUGGCCUGGAGCAGCGAGUCCAUCAAGAAGCCCAUGAUCAUGACCAACGACCGCAGCGUCAAGAAGGAGGCGUGCGAGAUCUUCAAGCUGAUCCAGAUGUACAUGGGCGACCGGCGCGCCAAGACGGACCGGCUGAGCGUGGCGCUGGAGGUGGCCACCAAGGGGUGGAGCGUGCAGGGGCUGCGGGACGAGCUCUACAUCCAGCUGUGCCGGCAGACCACCGAGAACUUCCGCUACGAGAGCCUGGCGCGCGGCUGGGAGCUGAUGGCCAUCUGCUUGGCCUUCUUCCCGCCCACGCCCAAGUUCCACUCCUACCUCGAGGGGUACAUCUACCGGCACAUGGACCCGGUGAACGACACCAAAGGGGUGGCCAUCAGCACCUACGCCCGGUACUGCUACAGCAAACUGCAGAAGGCGGCGCUGACCGGGGCCAAGAAGGGCCUGAAGAAGCCGACCCUGGAGGAGAUCCGGCACGCCAGGAACGCCAUCUUCAGCCCGUCCAUGUUCGGCAGCUCGCUGCAGGAGAUCGUGGCCAUGCAGAGGGACAGGUACCCCGACCGGCAGCUGCCCUGGGUGCAGACCCGGCUCUCCGAGGAGGUCCUGGCCCUCAACGGCGACCAGACCGAGGGCAUCUUCAGGGUCCCCGGCGACAUCGACGAGGUCAACGCCCUCAAGCUGCAGGUGGACCAGUGGAAGAUCCCCACCGGCCUGGAGGACCCGCACGUUCCCGCGUCGCUGCUGAAGCUGUGGUACCGCGAGCUGGAGGAGCCGCUGAUCCCGCACGAGUUCUACGAGCGCUGCAUCUCGCACUACGAGAGCCCCGAGGCCGCCGUGGCCGUGGUGCACGCGCUGCCCCGCAUCAACAGGAUGGUGCUCUGCUACCUCAUCCGGUUCCUCCAGGUGUUCGUGCAGCCGGCCAACGUGGCGGUGACCAAGAUGGACGUGAACAACCUGGCCAUGGUGAUGGCGCCCAACUGCCUGCGCUGCCGCUCCGACGACCCGCGCGUCAUCUUCGAGAACACGCGCAAGGAGAUGUCCUUCAUCCGCGUCCUCAUCCAGCACCUGGACACCAGCUUCAUGGAGGGCGUCCUAUAG